UCAGUGGUCGAGGGCACCGUGGGUAUCGCGAGGUGCCCUGGGACGUUCCAGGGAGCCGACCGGCGCUCGCCAGCUGGAUGGCGAUGGGGUGAAUUAGGGCGAGAGCAGCGGCCAGGGAAACUGGAACGGGCGAGGGGGCGUGAGCCCUCUGGCCACCUGUUCCUCCCGCGAGUGCGGCCCACGCGGGUUGGCCGCAGUGCCGCGCGGCGCCGGAAGUGGCCGGUGUCGGUCGCCCGUGACACCAGACAACAGCUGCGGUUCUGUGCGCGCCGCGGUGCAGCGCUCCGGGCCCGGCGGAGUGAGCGUGGGCGGCAUCCGCCAGCGGCUGUGAUAUGGGGACUGAGAAAAAGGAAGAAAUUUCUGAAGAAUCCAAGCCACAUGGGCCAGUGUUCGAAAAACUUUCACAGGAGGUUUACCAAGGUCAUGGGUUUGGAGCGGCAGGUGAAGAAGACGUAUUAAAGGGACAUCUGAGAAAGUCUCCUCAGGAGAGAGACUUUGCAUCAGGGUUAGUUAUCGUCAAGACGUCAUCCUUAGGUGAGAAAGAGCAGGGUAGUAGUGGGAGUGACAGCGGCUCCAGCCCUGACCCAAGGGUGGUGCUCUGCCGUGGAGACCCUCCAGCAGAGAGGGUUAGCGUGUUUGCCACUUCUGCCCAGAGCCUCAUGGAGAGCGUCCAGCUGCAUAAAGCACAGAGGACUUCUGUGGGAGAAAAGCCUCACACAUGUAAAGAAUGUGGAAAAGCUUUUAAUCAGAACUCGCAUCUCAUCCAGCAUAUGAGAGUUCACAGUGGAGAGAAACCCUUUGAGUGCAAAGAGUGUGGAAAGACAUUUGGAACCAACUCCAGCCUUCGAAGGCACCUGAGAAUUCAUGCCGGGGAGAAGCCCUUUGCUUGUAACGAGUGUGGGAAAGCCUUCAUUCAGAGCUCACAUCUUAUCCACCAUCAUCGAAUUCACACAGGAGAAAGGCCUUAUAAAUGUGAAGAAUGUGGUAAAGCCUUCAGCCAGAAUUCAGCCCUUAUCCUGCACCAGAGAAUCCACACUGGAGAGAAACCGUACGAAUGCAAUGAGUGUGGGAAGACCUUCAGGGUCAGCUCCCAGCUUAUUCAGCACCAGAGGAUUCACACUGAAGAGAGGUACCAUGAGUGCAACGAGUGUGGCAAAGCCUUCAAGCACAGCUCGGGCCUCAUCCGACACCAGAAAAUCCAUACUGGAGAAAAGCCUUAUCUGUGUAACGAAUGCGGGAAAGGCUUUGGUCAGAGUUCUGAGCUUAUCCGUCAUCAAAGAAUUCAUACCGGGGACAAACCCUACGAGUGCAAUGAAUGUGGGAAGACUUUCGGGCAGAACUCAGAGAUUAUCAGACAUAUUAGAAUUCAUACUGGGGAGAAGCCCUAUGUAUGCAAGGAAUGUGGGAAGGCCUUCAGGGGUAACUCAGAACUUCUCAGACAUGAGAGGAUUCACACUGGAGAGAAACCCUUUGAAUGCUUUGAGUGUGGCAAGGCUUUCAGGCGGACCUCUCACCUAGUUGUCCACCAGAGAAUACACACUGGGGAGAAACCCCACCAGUGUCACGAGUGUGCAAGGACCUUUUGGGAUAACUCGGAGCUGCUGCUUCACCAGAAGAUUCACGUUGGAGAGAAGCCUUAUGAGUGCCGGGAGUGUGCAAAGACGUUCAGUCAGCACUCGCAGCUCACCAUCCACCAGAGAAUCCACACCGGAGAGAAGCCGUACGAGUGUCAGGAGUGCCAGAAGACCUUCAGUCGGAGCUCCCACCUCCUCCGACACCAGAGUGUCCACUGUGUCGAGUGACCUGCAGGCCACUGUGUGGGACGGCCGAAGCAGGCUCUUCAUUCCUUCACACUCUGUCCCCCGUCCUUGGGUCACAUGCAAGGACAGGCCCUCCUCUGCCCAUGCCCUGAGCCUUGGCUGUGGGAGCUGGUGGAAGUGACGGGGCAGUUUCAUGAACUAUUUAUUGAGAAGUUUGUGUUCUGAAUUAAAUCAUAAAAUUGUUUCAGGCCUUAAUUCUCCUCUGUCCUUUCCUUCCUUCUUUCCCUCCCCACAGGGUCUGCACCUGUGUCUAAAUUGUUGUUCUCUGUGAAAGUGGGGACAGGAUUCACUGCCACAAACUACAGAGUGACUCACUGUCUCCUGAGAUGUUAGAAAAUCGUGACCUAUUCUCCAGGCCAUUGUGUAGCCUUGGGUACCUUAGUAAGCCCACCCCUCCACCCCCCCCACCCCCCGCCUUAAAUUCUUCCAGUCAUGUUAUCAAGUUCCCUUGAACAUGGCGACAUUAAUGAGAAAGCAGGAACCUGCGUCUUUUCACAUCUGCUACGCUCCUUACUUAUCUGAAGAGGGGUCUACGAAAAGGAAGCAGUUUACAGAAUGGCGUGGAAGCCUCAACACCUGGAGGAAGAACCAGAGAGAGACAGCUGAAGUCGGCUACUGAGCACGGGCUGGAGAGGCUCAGCGGCAGCUAUCCCAAGCUGCGCACAGAAUCCCAGCUGCAUGCACUUGGUCCUAGCUCCUCCUGCUGCCGCCAUCCUGUCAGGAAGCAGUGAACAGGGUGGUGUGGCUUUUCUCUGCCAGGCACCAGGCUGUGGUGGUGAGCUGGAUAACUCAAUGAAUCAGGCCUGGCCUUUCCAACAUCUGAACUCUCACGACCACCAGCUGGGGGCUCUGGGUAAUAGCUGUAGAUGUGACCGCUCUUCUUGGCGUGUCUUAUGGCCAAGAAUUCUUUUUCCAACAUCUCUGCAUGUCUUCUGUGUCUUCCAGUUCUCUUGUUCCCAUGUGUGAUGUGCGUAGUAGGAACAGAAAUUGCACUAAAGAAAACAUUGCAGGCCUGGAUUCUUAUCUGAGAACUCUCCCUUUAAUGAGCCCUCCAGUUCCUGGUCUUUGGUUUUCUCAUCUGCAAAAUGAGGGGUGUUGAAUGAAAUGAUCUCUGAAGUUUCAGGCAGUCUCUAAGAAAAUACGCUAAUCACCAAUUCUUUUUUCAGUACUUGAGUUUCAUAACCCAAGGCUUUGUGUAUGUCAGGCAAGCAGUCCACCUCUGAGCUUCAGCCCUGGCCCCAUCCCCUUCCAGAGACAGAUCCCAAUGAGCUGUCCAGUAGCUGUGUGCCAGGCAGUGUGCUGUCAGCUUAUACUUAUUUCCCGUGAUACCUCUAUGAUGUGGGUAUAGCUUUACUCAGAGACAAUUUACAUAUCAUAAAGUUUGUGGUGUUAAAUGUCCAGUUGAGUGAUUUUUGGUAAAUUAGAGUUGCACAAUUUUCCUCAGUGUAAGUAUUCUUAAGCCAGCUUAAAUGAUGAAUGAGUUUAGGUGGGGCAGGGAAUGUUAGGUGAUUCACCCAUGAUUGUGUUCAGUCUAGAGCUAAGAGUCCAAGGGUCUAUCAGCCACUGUGCUGUGGAUAGGCUCCUUCAUUAAUGUCUGAUUUUAAGCCCUUUGUACACUUUUUUUUUAUUACCAGUCACUACACAGAUGUGACUAUCUUGGCAAAUGUGACUCAUCACAGCCCAGUUCUGCAGGGCAGGCUUUCUCUAUCCUGAGAGCACUUUUCAGGUUUCUACACUUGGCUUGAGAGAAAAGCAGUCAAAUAAGCGGCUACUGAGUCCAUUCCACAGUGUUGCAGGCGGCCCCUCUGCUGCAGAUGCUGGCAGUAGAAGCUCUCUGGCUGCUUCCCUCUGGUGGUUACCAGUGCAGUGUGGUCUCCCUCGUUUUUGUUGCUUUGCUUGGGCUCAGAGAAAGCUGCUCCCACACUGUCCCUCUGGACAUCACUCACCUCUGUAACUUAGGAUUUUUGUGGUCCCUUACUUUACUUCCAAAUGCAUCCCUUUCCAGUCCUUAUAUAGAGCCAGCAUCUAAUAAAGCUCAUUUAUAAUGUGAUUGAAUAUUACAAUAAAAAUUAAAAAGCCAAGUGAAACCUUGUCUAAAAAAGACAUCAGCACUCUUCAAACUCCCCAAAGGAAUCCUCCCAAGACACGCUUGUGAGGACCACGGCCUUCCCUGGAGAUGAGCAUGCUGUGUAAAGGCGGAGGUUCUCAUGUCUCUCCUUUCAGACUUCACUCUCAGAAGUUCUUGGUGAAACCAGCAGUGCAGGGUUUUGUUCUGUUCUGUUUGAGACAGAGUCUCUCAAUGUUGCCGGGACUGUCCUGGAAUUUGCUGGGUAGACCUGGCUGAUCUCAAACUCAGACCCGCUGGUCUUUGCCUCCCAAGUGCUGGGAUUAAAGGUGUGCACCACCAUGCCUGACCCUUUUCAGGGCUUAGUUUUGGUUUUCCUUGCUGUUGUUUUGGUUUUUAGUUUUCCCAAAAAAGCCAAUCCUUCCACCUAACUUCAACACAUAGUUUCUUUCUUUUUGCUUUCUCCCUUCUUUCUUCCUUACUUUCCUCCCUCCCUUUUUUUUGUUCUUUCUAUGUCUUAAAUAGCCCAGACUGACCAUGAACUCCGUUUGUGGCUGAAGAUGACCUCGAACCUCUGAACCUCCUUCCUCCACAUCCUCAGGCACCACUACACCCAGUUUAUGCUGUGCUGGGGACCUCACUCGGCUUUGUGUGUGAUAGGCAAGCACUGGACUCCAUUCUCAUCUCCUCAGUUGCCUUAAACCCACCACUGCUUAGCAAAAGAAAAGGCCUUUUACUUAAUCCGUUCUCUUGAACGUUAGUGACAGGCCUUAUUGUGCUCAAACAUGCUUAGAAGAGGAGGAAGGCCUCAUGUUCUCAAAAGAAUCUUUGUGUGCUGCCCGAGAGGAAGUAAACUCUUAGGUAUGUCACACGUGCGUCCUCUGACCUCACUUGUCUCAGGAAACUUCCUCACCUUUCCUUGUUUGCUUACCUUGUCAACUUACCUUGGCAUCAACAUCUAUGCAAGGAGAAUCCUGCCUGCCAAAGACUAGUCAUGAAUGAACUGCAGACCCACUUUCAAGAAAUAAAAUAAACUUCACAGUCUGAAAGCCCCACUUAAAUACCCGAGAACUCCUGCAGGAUCUUUGAAGGUACGUCAACGUCUGUUCUCUCCCUUUCCUCACAGUUUAAGCAAAUAAAGCAUGUCUUUGUAAUUUUCUCGA